GUUUGGUUUGGGUUUCCUCUUGUGCUUCGAUCGGAGACCCAAUCGUUAGGGAGGAAGCGUAGGCAUCGGAAAGCGGCAGAGAUGGCGAACAACAACGACGAGCCCACCUCAGCCCCGCAGCAGGAUCGGUGGUACGACAUGCGAUUGGGUUCCUCCUUCAAGGACAACUCGACUACCAAGUUCUGCACGCUUCGAUAUGAAUUUAAGCCAGCAUCAAUUGACAAGAGCCAACCUGGAUCACUGUAUAAGAACAAGGAAAAUAGGGUCACUGUCGAGUUCCAUAAUAAUCAGCCUGGAAAGUCAAAUGUUUCCUUUGAGGGGAGCAGUGAAGACUACAAGGACAAUGAUGCGGUUUUGUUUUUUGAUGGAGAGACUUUUAGAUUGGAGCGAUUGCAUCGGGCAGUAAAGAGGUUGAGGCAUGUCCGGUUGCCUGGUGAGCAUGCUGCUGCAUCUAACAUGACACCUGCACCCCCAGCUGGGACAACCACAGAUUCUCGUUCUCCUCCACUUGGGAAGAUCUCCAAAGCACAAGCAUUGAACAAAACAGUAAUGCAUCCAGUGCCUGUUGAGGUAGAACGAAUUGAUAUUGGUGAACCAGAAAGUUCAGCUCCAAGACCCAUGAACAAGGGCUCUGGUCUUCCUUCGGUGCCUGUUAAUCCAUUCCCAUCUCCUGAUCCAAAAUCAUCCGAGGAAAACCUGGAUAUCCUUGGGGAUGACGAUGGAGGGACACCAAGCAAGGCAAUUGUUGGACAGGCAGAAGAUGCAGGAUUUGACAUCAAUAUAUCAAAUCAGAAUGAUACGGAUGAUGAGAUUGCGGACGUUGAUGUAAGUGAUGAGGCAGAUGAGGGGCUGAAUGCUGCUGAGGCCCUACGAGCACAGGCAAAUGCUGUGGAGGAGCAGCAGCAGGAGACCUCCAGCUCCAGCGGCAGCGGGAGUGGAAGCAGUAGCAGUGGCAGCGGGAGCGGAAGCAGUAGCAGUGACAGCGACGGCAGCGAUGAUGACUCAGCCAGCUCAGGUGGUGAUGUUGAUACAUAAAAUGCGUCCAGGCACAGUCGAUAAACAACAUUGCAAGAACAAUGCAAAUGCAUAGCUGAUGUAACAAAAAGCAAGCUUUUGCCUCCAUGGUUGCACUCAAUCUUUAGCACAAUGCACUCACUUGGUUUUGUAAGUGAGUGCCUAUCUGGUACAUGCUCCAAAAGUUGAGCUUUACGAUUAGUUGCAUUGCAAGUGAUGCCGGAAAGUUACGAUGAAACACUUCACAGGGAGAAUUGUAUGCUCAAAGUCAUUAUCCCAGGUCAUUUUUUACUGGUAUAUUUCACAUUGCUGUUGAGAAUUAACAUGGGGACCUGCUUGUGGUUCAUGAUUGAUUCUUUAUCAUGUAUUCGGUUC